UCAAACCCCGGGAAGGAGCAGCUGAGGGAGGCGCCCCCCCUCCUGCCUUUGUGUUUCCCACGCUGCUCAAAGUUUCACAUUAAAACAGUGGAAAAAACACGCGGGACGAACAGAGAGCGCCUCCUCUGCUGGCUGCUUCAGUGGGACAGUUGCUGUGAUCGUGGAAAACGGCCAGCAGGGGAAAAGCAUGGCCAACGACUCUGUCCAAAGUGAUCCGGACGGGCUUUCUGUUCUGGAGCAGCUCGGUUUGGACCAGAACUCCGACUUCUCAGACUCCAGCGUUCAGCAGCUCCUGGACGAGCACCGGGAGAAGAUCCGCAGGGAGAUCCGGAAGGAGCUGAAGAUCAAGGAAGGCGCUGAGAAUUUACGCAGAGCCACGACCGACAAGAGGAACGCUCAGCAGGUGGAGAGUCAGCUGCGCACCUCCAACCGGAGGCUGGAGGCGCUGCACGCUCAGCUGCAGGAGCUGGACGCUCACAUCGUGGUGAAGGGAGGCGAGGAGAGUAAAGGUUCAGAUGAGUGUCCUCGGUCUCCAGGGGCCGAGAGCCGAACUUCAGCCCACAAGGAGCGCAUCGCCGCCCUGGAGAGGCAGCUCAACAUCGAGCUGAAGGUCAAACAGGGGGUGGAGAAUAUGAUCCCCAUCUACGCCAAUGGAUCCACCAAGGAUAAGAAGAUGCUGCAGACGGCCCAGCAGAUGCUGCAGGACAGCAAGACCAAAAUCGACAUCAUCCGAAUGCAGAUCCGGAAAGCUGUGCAGGCGACGGCGCAAACGGAGGACACGCAGGGAAACCAUGACCUCUGUGGGGUGGAGCUGCGCAUCGAAGAGCUGCGGCAUCACUACAGGGUGGAACACGCCGUCGCCGAGGGCGCCAAGAACGUCCUCCGGCUCCUCGGGGCUAACAAGGUUCAGGACAAGAAGGCUCUGUCUGAGGCCCAGUCCCGCCUCAGCGAGGCGUCUCAGCGGCUGGACCUUCUCAGGGACUCUUUGGACCAGCGGCUGGCAGAGCUGCCAGAGGACCAUCCCAAGGCCAGCGUCAUUAAGGAGGAGCUGGUUCUGGCUUCCUCACCGGCCUUCAGCUCGCGUCACGGCGCCCCCUACCUGCAGAACCAGUACAGCACCCUGAACAAGCCGUCUCCUCUCACUGGCACCCUGCAGGUGCAGCUGCUGGGCUGCGUGGGUCUGCUGGAGACGGUCCCGGGUCGCAGCAAAGGUUCGUCCGUCACGCUGCCGUGCUACAGCCCUGGAGACACCAAGUCCUUCAUGAGGGGAAGCAAAGGGCUGUACGGACGCAGCGGCUCCGUCAGCGGGAAGACGCCCAGCAAGGUGGAGGAGCUCUCCUCUGAGGUUAGCGCCGUGCUGAAGCUGGAUAACACGGUGGUGGGACAGACGGCUUGGAGGACGGUGGGAGAGCAGGCCUGGGACCAGACCUUCACUGUGGAGCUGGAACGGUCCAGAGAGCUGGAGAUCGCGGUUUACUGGAAGGAUUAUCGCUCGCUGUGCGCCCUGAAGUACCUGAAGCUGGAGGAGUUCCUGGACAACCAGAAGCACCGAGUCCAGGUGGAGCUGGAGCCUCAGGGCCUGCUGCUGGCUGAGGUGACCUUCUUCAACCCGGUCAUCGAGAGAGUCCCUCGCCUCCAGAGACAGAAGAAAGUCUUCUCAAAGCAGCACGGGAAGGCGUUCCUUCGGGCGCGCCAGAUGAACGUGGACAUCGGGACGUGGGUGCGGCUGCUCCGGAACGCCAUCCCCACGGUGAACAACUCUGGAACCUACAGUCCCAACGCUCACAGCCUGAGUCUGGGCCCCGGGGAGAUCUCAGUGGAGAAACUGAGUCUGGACAACGAGUCUCCGAUCAGAGGAGACUACCGGAGAGAGACGGACACUGUGACUCCACUGAGGCAGAUAGAGAGGGAGGACAGUCGGGAUGUGGGGGAGGACCCCCCAGCGGACAUCGAGUCCCUCUCUCCUCUGGUCCCCGAGUCCCCUGUCCGAACCCCGUCCGCCGGCAGGCAAAGGAAAGGACCGCUGUCCCUGCAGGACUUCAGGCUGAUUGCUGUGUUGGGGAGGGGCCACUUUGGGAAGGUGCUGCUGUCGGAGUACAGGAAGACGGGCACCAUGUACGCCAUCAAAGCCCUGAAAAAAGGUGACAUCAUCGCUCGGGAUGAGGUGGACAGUCUGAUGUGUGAGAAGCGCAUCUUUGAGACGGUCAACGUGUCUCACCAUCCCUUCCUGGUCAACCUGUUUGCGUGCUUCCAGACGCCGGAGCACGUUUGCUUCGUGAUGGAGUACACGGCGGGAGGCGACCUGAUGAUGCACAUCCACACGGACGUCUUCACGGAGCCCCGAGCCGUCUUCUAUGCUGCCUGCGUUGUUCUUGGACUCCAGUUCCUUCAUGACCAUAAGAUCGUGUACAGAGACCUGAAGCUUGAUAACCUGCUGCUGGACACCGAUGGCUACGUGAAGAUCGCAGACUUUGGGCUGUGUAAAGAAGGGAUGGGCUUUGGGGACCGGACCAGUACCUUCUGUGGGACGCCGGAGUUUCUGGCCCCAGAGGUUCUGACGGAUACGUCUUACACCAGAGCCGUGGACUGGUGGGGGCUCGGGGUCCUCAUCUAUGAAAUGCUGGUGGGGGAGUCGCCGUUUCCUGGUGAUGAUGAAGAGGAAGUGUUCGACAGCAUCGUGAACGACGAAGUCCGCUAUCCCCGCUUCCUCUCCACGGAGGCCAUCGGCAUCAUGAGACGACUCUUACGGAGGAAUCCGGAGCGACGGUUGGGAUCCGGGGAGAAGGAUGCAGAGGAAGUGAAGAAGCAGCCAUUUUUCAGAAACGUGGACUGGGAGGCUUUGCUGCAGAAGAAGGUCCCGCCUCCCUUUGUCCCUUCUAUCCGCGGCAAGGAAGACGUCAGCAACUUCGACGAAGAGUUCACCAUGGAGCCCCCGGCGCUGACGCCCCCGCGGGAGCCGCGCACGCUCUCCCGCAGAGACCAGGAGAGCUUCGGGGACUUUGAUUACGUCUCUGAUCUCUGCUAGAGAAGCGGGACCAGGGAAGAACGUCAGAUUGUCUGCGAGGCGCUGUUGAAGUUUCCUCCCCCACGGGGGCGGACGCUCUCUGGCCGCCAUGUUGUUGAAUGAUGCUGUGAACGAACGCAGAGACAAAGCGGGAUCAGACGACCCGCCAUCUGCCGCCGUGAGGGGAGGAGUCACAACCCGAUGCCUUACAUUUUUACCUCUGUGUGUUUUUGAUCCUUUAGGAAAAGUGUGCAGUGCUAAAAAAAUCUGUUGGAAAUUAGGGGAUUAUUAAUCUGAUGUGAUUUUUAAAUGGGGGGGUGGGGG